UUGAGUCACAUUAACACCAUGCACAGCCGCAACCCUGACUUUCGCGUUGUGUGCGGGAUUGAUGGCUGUCCAAGUGAGUACAGGGUGUAUAACUCCUUUUACUAUCACGUGAAGCGGACACACGUGCAUCAUCUUCUCCAAGUUGAAGCGGCAGAGGAGGAAGGACCGACUCGCCACGGUUUACCUGGAGCAGGUGAAAGGACAGCCGCAAACGACCAAACUAAUGCAAACCCUGUGGCUGAAACGGAGGGCUCAAGCAUCGUCAUUCCAGCGAGUGGAUUUCAAGAAGAUGGAGAGGGUCUCACGAAUGUUGACCUUUCUAAACAUGCAACUGCAUUUCUUCUUCAAGCCAGAGAAACCCAUCGACUAGAGCUGUUAACCAUAUGGUGAGUGGAGUCCAGCAAUAUCAGGCCGCAUUAUUGGAGCACCUAAAACUGCAAAUGAGCGACAUGAUUGAGAGACAUUCUGGGGACCUGGAUCAACUAAAGAGUGAUGCAAUGGGGAUAUUUGACCAGUUUGUUGACCCUUUCUGUCAAAUUGCUUCCACCCAUUUGCAGGAUAAGACCAUCAAAGAACUGUUAAAACCAGUUGAACCAGAGAUUGUUGUCGCAAAACAAACAGUAUGUUAUGUGAAACAUGGAGACUCCAGAGUUCUUACCAUUAAGGACCAUUGUUUUCAUUAUAUACCGUUGGUGAAAAGUUUGGAGCAGCUGCUAUCACAUCCAAGAACAAUUGCAAUGAUUGAUGAGAGACCAAAGACGUGCAAGGAUGGAUUUUUUCAUGAUUUCAUUGAUGGAGACAUUUUUAAGUCACACCCACUGUUUUUGAAAUUUCCCACAGCAUUGCAGUUGGUUUUAUAUACAGAUGAAAUUGAGCUAUGCAAUCCUCUUGGAUCUUGUGUAAACAAAAACUAAUUGUUAUUGAUUUAUUACACCUUAGGUAAUAUCAACCCUAAAUACAGAUCAAGACUUGCCGCUAUUCGUCUGCUUGCCAUGGUAAAAUCAAAAGAUCUUUCUCAUUGUGGUAUUGAUAAGAUAGUUGAGAGGAUUAACCGUGAUUUAACUGAGCUGCGUGAUGGUGUCCAGGUUGUCACUGCAAAAGGUGAGAAGACAAUUUAUGGGGCACUUAUGUCUGUGUGCGGAGACACUCUAGCUCAGCAUGAAGUGGCUGGAUUUAAGAUAGGAGUGGGAUUUGCCUACAGUAAAUGCAGGCACUGUGAAUGCAACUUUGAAGACAUGCAGGGGCAAUUUAAUGAAGAUUUGUUUGUUAAAAGGACAAUGGCAAGUCAUAACAGUCAAUGUAAUGACAUUGAGAAGACAAAUACUGACUUUCUAAAAACGACCUAUGGCAUAAAUAGGAGAAGCAAAUUAACAGAAUUUCCUCACUUUGAUAUAAUCAAUCAAACCCCACAAGACAUCAUGCAUGUCAUUCUUGAAGGUGUUGCCCCAUAUGAAAUCAAAUGUGUUUUAAAGCAUCUUCUUUCAGGACACAUGGCCUUAGAUGCAUUCAACAGUGCAAUUAUUGGUUUCCCUUAUUCUCCUGUGGAUGCAAGGGAUAAGCCUUGCCCCACAUCUGUCAAUACACUGUCAUCAAAUGACAAUAAAUUGAAACAGUCAGCUGGGCAGAUGCUGGUUUUGUUAAAGAUUCUGCCUUUUCUUAUUGAUAAAAUUGGAGAAAAUGAUUACACACAAAUGCUACUUAAGUUGUUAGAGAUAGUCAAAAUUCUGUUUUCACCUAUUAUUGCUCUCUCAACUCUUUCAAGGCUGAAGCUUUUAAUAGAGCAACAUUUAAAACAUUUCAAACAACUGUUUCGAGAUGCAAAUAUUAUACCUAAACAACAUUACUUGCUGAAUCUUCCUUCUCAGAUUAAGGCACUUGGUCCUACAGUGAGGCAUAUGUGCAUGCGCUUUGAGUCAAAGCAUUGCUUUUUUAAGCAGUGGGCUUUGAAAGUAGUUUUAAAAAUAUCACUUGUGAAGCACGACCAACUUUAUGAAUGUAGUCAGAAUGUGCAUGAGAAUCAUCCAAUUUGUUCAAGUAAAGCUGACAUGGGCCCAGCCUCGGAGGUGAAAAAUGUUCACUAUGUAGAAGUAAAGAUUAAAGACUUCUUAGGAAUAGAGCGCUUUGAACAUAUAGUUUCAGUAAAUUGGAUUAUGCAACAUGGAAAUAAGCAUUCAUGUGGGAAAUCUUUGGUUAUUUCUAAUGUCAUCAAUGAUACCCCAGAGUUUGCACUUGUGAAAUGCAUUUAUAUUUUAAAUGCUUCAGUGUAUUGUUUUGAAUGCCAACCUCUCUCUACAGUUGGGUGGAAUGAUCAUUAUUUAGCUUACGAGGUAGAAGUUCCCGACCUAGCUCAAGCCAAUAUUUUCAUGGAUGCUGAAAAGCUUGUUGAUUAUACACCAUACUACUAUGUAAACUUCCAUAAUAGCAAGUACAUUCCACUGAAGUAUGAUCUCUCAGACAUCCUCAAACAUCAUUCUUGAGUGUAUUGAGUGUGGGUAUUUGGGCAGAUUUUUUUUUUUAAGCAUUGAAAAACACUUAUUUAUGACAGCAUUUAUUUUUAUUUGUUACUUUUGUAAUAAUGUGGUGCAGUAUGUCCAGAGGGAAACAGAACAGAGGAGGUAACAUAAUUCCAGCUUUUGCCUCUGUCUUUUUUACACAUCACAGCGACAUGGUUUGAUGGAAAUGUAAGAAAAAUAGCCACACUGUACUGUGCAUUGUGAGUUGAAUUGGGCAUGUUGACCUGCAGUUUUGUUUUCUCAAUUCAAGUUAAAUCUAUUUCUUGAAACAAGACGAUUCAUCUUUUACAAAUAAGCUCGUUUAACCUGAGAUAUAACUCAAAACAAGAUGUUUUCAAGACAGUUUCACUUAACAAUAUAUUCAAGAUGCACUGUCUAAAAACAAGCUCCUUUUAUCACUUACAUUUUGCUCUUUAGGUGAUUUUGUCUUAUAUUAAGUGUGAUGAGAUAUUUUGACUAGAAAUUAGAAAAAUAUACUCAAUAAUUUUAAAAUUACAAAAAUUAUCUUUUGUUUGUGAAUCAGGGUUUUGUCACUCUCGACUGAAAAUUUCCAUCUUCUCCACACCUAUAGCAAAAAACAUGGUUAGAAAUAAAACUAACCUUGCAUCGCAUGAAUCAUCGCAUUUUAAGGGACUACUUUCUCGGUAAUGGAGCCGGUAACCUAGUUAUCAGUCCGCAGCUGCCAUAGCCUACUAUCAGGAAUAUAAACAUUGCUGCUGAGACACAGCAAAUCCCUCAAAAUGCUAGCCAAUGAGAUGAAUGCUCAUAGCGUCUCUAUGUGCAGCCUUCGGGUCCUCCGUUAGCCAAUUGGAUAAAUGCUCAUAGCUUCAUAUAUUGCCGGGGAGGGAUUACAUUGUAAUG